UCCUAUCCUAUCAAUUCAAUUCAAUUCAUUUCAUGUAUUAACCUGAUCUGCUGAUUGCCGUAACUUUAUUUUCCCAUUACAAGCCUACUUUCUUCAUUCUCUUGUCUCUUUACUCUUGUCUCUCUCUCUCUCUCUAUCUUUCUCUCUCCCCCAUUUCCCCUUGUCUGAAACUUUCAAUCCUUCCAUUAUUUCAACACAUGAAUCAGCUGACUGUUUCUCCAUCAAUCAUCUCUUCUCUUUCCCCUCUACCAUUUUUCUGAACUUUGUUUCUCCUAUCUUUAUCCUUUUAUUCUCUGAAAGUCUGCCAUAACACUCCCAAAAACCUUGAUCUACUAUUCCUUAAUCCCAAGAUUUCAUCUUUUUGUGUUGUAAUCGUAUUUUGAAUCACCAUCCUUCUUUUAUCGGCUCAAUUCCAUAAGCCCUGUUCAAAUCUCCAAUUGGGUUCUGUUCAUUUUACCAAAAUUACUUAAAUUCAGUGUUGAAUUUGAACACCCUUUGACUCAAAUCUCCUAAAACUUGGUUUUUCUCCUCAAAACAAUAAUGGGUAUUUGUGCCAGCAAAAACAAAGAUUCAAAGCCAGGACAAAAUGGGUAUAGUAGACCAGAAAAUGAAUACAAUCAAUCAAAUCAAUCAUCUCACCAAAGUCAUCAGUAUCCUCAACAACCACCAUCUGAUAGACCAGUUGCUCAACCACCAGUUAGAGCUUCAAGUCCAGCAAAACCAGCACAAAGAACCGAUCCAAACACAAUUUUAGGAAAACCCUUUGAGGAUGUUAAGAUGCACUACACAUUAGGGAAAGAAUUGGGUAGAGGUCAAUUUGGGGUUACCUAUCUUUGUGUUGACAAAAACACUGGUAAUGAAUAUGCUUGUAAGUCAAUCUCUAAAAAGAAGCUUGUAACAAGAGCUGAUAAGGAAGAUAUGAAAAGAGAGAUUCAGAUCAUGCAACAUUUGAGUGGUCAACCUAAUAUUGUGGAGUUUAAAGGUGCUUAUGAAGAUAAGAUAUCUGUGAAUCUUGUUAUGGAGUUAUGUGCUGGUGGAGAGUUGUUUGAUAGGAUUAUUGCUAAAGGGCAUUAUAGUGAGAAGGCUGCUGCCACUAUUUUAAGGCAGAUUGUGAAUGUUGUUCAUGUUUGUCAUUUCAUGGGUGUUAUGCAUAGAGAUUUGAAGCCUGAGAAUUUCUUGCUUGCUAGCAAAGAUGAGGAUGCUGCUAUUAAAGCUACUGAUUUUGGUCUUUCUGUGUUUAUUCAAGAAGGUAAAGUCUAUCGGGAUAUAGUAGGAAGUGCUUACUACGUUGCCCCAGAGGUAUUACGUCGUAGGUACGGGAAGGAGAUUGACAUUUGGAGUGCUGGAGUCAUGUUGUACAUUUUACUGAGUGGUGUUCCGCCCUUUUGGGCAGAAACGGAGAAAGGGAUUUUUGAUGCUAUACUUCAAGGACAUAUUGAUUUUGAAAGCAAGCCUUGGCCCUCAAUCUCAAAUGGUGCCAAAGACCUAGUGAAGAAGAUGUUAACACAAGAUCCCAAAAAACGAAUCAGUGCCGCUCAAGUUCUUGAGCAUCCAUGGCUGAAAGAUGGUGAAGCAUCAGACAAGCCUAUUGAUAGUGCUGUUCUCUCCAGGAUGAAGCAAUUCCGAGUCAUGAACAAGCUCAAGCAGCUUGCCCUUAAGGUCAUUGCCGAGAAUCUUCCUGAAGAAGAAAUCCAAGGGCUGAAACAGAUGUUUGCAAACAUGGAUACUGAUGGAAGUGGAUCCAUCACAUAUGAUGAGCUGAAGGAAGGAUUGGCCCGACUUGGAUCAAAGCUUUCAGAAACUGAAGUGAAAGCACUUAUGGAAGCUGCCGAUCAAGAUGGAAGUGGAACGAUAGAUUAUAUUGAGUUCAUCACUGCGACAAUGCAUAGGUACCGGCUCGAGAGAGAUGAUCAAAUAUACAAAGCAUUCCAAUUUUUUGACAAAGAUAAUAGUGGAUUUAUUACGACUGAUGAGCUAGAACAAGCGAUGAGGGACUAUGGAAUUGCUGACGAGAAUUGUAUUAAAGAUAUAUUGGUGGAAGUAGAUACUGAUAAUGACGGAAGAAUAAAUUUUGAGGAGUUUGUUGCAAUGAUGAGAAGUGGAACCCAAAAUCCCGGAGCCAAGCUCAUAUGAUAUGCUGCUUUUGGUACUUGAUUUUUCUGGCUUUCUAUUUCACGAAGAUGAUACUGUGGUCAGAACGACAAACAGACUACCUUCCGAGAGCAAACAUAAGUUGGGACGUGGUUGACAAUUGAGUUUUUUUUGUAGAAAGUUUGUGCAUACACAAAAUCUCUUGGCAGUAAUGUUUGUUUCAUAUUUGAGUUAAAUGAUUUUUGGACAUGUUUUGAAAUUCUAUGUAUUGCUCUUAGAGAGACGACUAGCACUCACUUGUGUCAUCUAUUUUUCGAGCUGUGGGACGAGGAUGAGAUCUAUAUAUAAUAAUAUAUUUGUGUUUCCUGAGAAAA